AUGAUGUACCAGUGCGGCGUCCGUGACAGCACGCCGAUCAAUCGUCCCAUCAACUCGACGUCAGCUCCACCGAGUGAACCCAGUGAGAGGUAGAUCAGCGCACUGCCGUCAGGACGGUUGCGCACGGACUCAGGCAGCACGUACUUUGUGUCGGUUUCGCGCACACUGGAGUCCAUGCGGUGCCAGGUCUUGUCAAGUGGACGUGCGUCAAUGUAGUCGGCCUCCUCAGGAAAAAAGUAGAGAUUAGCCGUGGAUGACGUGUGAAUGAACUCUAGGUCGUCCAACGGUGGAGCGCCCUGCUCGACCACCCACUUGUUGAAAGAGGUCCAUAGUGGACGGUGUACGCGGUCAUACUCAGCGCGAAACGCAGCCCACUGUGAGCGAUCCGCGGCGGGAAGUCCCGAGAAGAGGGGGGCGACGUUCGGACCCUGCAUUUCUAGUGGGUUGCACGGCACGAAACGGAUGAACGGUGCAUCCGCUGUCAUGAGCGCCGGGAAGCAGAUCACGUUAUGCUCGACGAUAACAUCCGGCUGCACUGCGAUGACGAUCUCCCGUAGUCGUGGCUGGGCGUAGUGUGCCCCGUCAACAAUGGUCUGCCAGAUUGGUAGGUAGAAAGACUCAAGCUGU